AUGGAUUCGGAAGCUCUAGUUGAAGAGCUUAAGAAAUUAUCAUUGAAAAAAGACACAUCUGGAAUUGAAAGUGCUCUUACUAAAUUACAAGGCAUAGAAAAUCUUCAGAAUAUUGAAGUUAAGGAAACAUUACUUGAAUUACUCAUCAAUAGCAACACGCCCAACAUAAACCUUCUUGUAUCGAAAACUAUUGCUGAAGUAACGAAAUCACCAGAACAACGAAUGAAAUUUUCAAGUAAUGAUGUUCUGGAAAAGCUCAAUGAUCUUCUUAGCAUAGCAGUUGAGAAAAGGAAACAAGAUGGCUUAGAAUUAAUCAUUCAAUUAUGUCGUGCACUCGGCAAUAUUUUUUACUCAAAUGACGACGCAAGAAACGUUAUAUUUCAUAUUGAUGGUGGAAAAGUGUUGAUAGAACUUUUCAAUAUUUCAUCAAUUCUAAUUGAAAAUUCUGAUGAUCGUGAAACAUUUGUUAAAGUUCGCAGCGGUGUCAUGUCGAAUUAUCUCCUUGGCAAUGAAGAAUUAAGUCAAAAAGCAAUCGAGUUGGAAAUUAUUGAAAAAGUUAAAAGUAGAAUUGAGGAAACAACAGAAGGUGUGGAACAUCUUUUACCUCUUUUAAGUAUUCUUACCGAACAAGUAUCAGAUUUAAUAUUUAAGCCUGAAAUUCUCAUCUUAAUCUCAAAAACUCUUAAAACCUCAACAAAUUCCGAUAUUGUUGAAGCAUGUCUUGAAUUGUUGUUGUGUCAAGCAGAAAGUGAUGAAGUUAAAUUAUUACUAGCACGGGAAGGAUUGUGUGAACAUAUUUUUAAAUCACUUGAAAGUUACAAAACCUACCAUGGCAAUGUUGACACUAAAGAGCUGGUGAAGCUUUCUUGUGAUCUGAUUGUAUUGAUAUUAACGGGAGAUGAAGCAAUGCAUUUUUUGGACAAAACACCUUUACUGUCUUAUAUGAAAACUUGGCUUGAGUCUGAUGAUAUUUAUUUGAUGACAACAAGUGUUCUUGCAUUGGGAAAUUUUGCUCGAACUGAUGAACAUUGCUUGCGAAUGGUCGAACACGAUAUGCAUUUUAAAAUGAUUGAAAUAUUAAAGAAAAACACUUCACCGGAAUCAGAUGUCCGACUUCAACAUGCUUUGCUCAGCGCUAUCAGAAAUCUAGUCAUUCCAAAACCGAACAAGAUUGCUGUGAUUUCUGCUGGAUUAGUUGAAACUGUUCUUCCAAUGCUUGAUAUUCAUCAGCCGCCAGUUGUGUUUAAGAUUCUUGGAACACUUCGAAUGCUUGUUGAUGGUCAAGAUUCUCUGGCGUUGAGAUUUCUUCAAGAUGAGAAAAUUGUUGAACGUCUCGUCGAUUGGGCCACAAAAACACCAGACAUGGUUGGAGUUAACAGUGAAGCGUCACGAUUAAUGGCAUGGAUGGUUAAAAAUAGUUACAGAACACGUGAACUAUCAUCUGAUAAAAAGAUUUCCGUUGAUCCACUUAAGACUUUUAUCAACAUAAACAAUACUGUCGAUGUUCUCGUGAAAAUGUUACUUUCAGCGCAUCUCGUAAUGCAAAAUGAAGCUCUCAUUGCUUUAACAAUCAUUGCUGCAUUUCUCAAUGAUGACACGAAGCUUCAUGAAAAUCUUUUGAAAUCCAACAUUGGACAAACUCUGGUUGACUUCAUUCAAAGAAUGUCGGACAUGGAAAGAACAACAAACGAAAUUGUUGAAAAUCUCAACACACUUGUGAAGUCCUUGCAACGUUCUGAAACAUUGAAAAAACAUUUAAGUGAAUUCAAAAUUGAUGAGAAACUUCAAAUUGCUCCUCGACUUAAGGAACUUGCAACACUUUAAAUUUGUCUUAAUAGUUUAUUUUAUUGUGUGUGUGUGACAAUGUUUAUUAUAAUUAAUAAGUAAUGAAAUAAGCAAAACAUAGUUUGCAAUCAAUUUAAUAAUAAAAGUUUUAAACAAAA